ACACGGGCACUUCCUUUAAUGAAUCAUUGCAAUAACAAAUCAUUCAACCAUGUCAAAAAUAAUAAGUUUAUUUACCUGCAUCUGCCUAGCAGCAGCAGUAGAAAGUCAUGUAGCGCACUGGAAUACACCCAACCAACUCCAUCCAGUUCACGGACUUUUUGUGAAACCAUCAUCGGACGGAACAACUGGAGAUUUGUACGUAGCAGCGACGGAAGACACCGGAGUGAAGUCUCAAUGGCUGACGGACCAGCCAGUCAACUUCCUACCAACAGCUGCCGCCUCCCAAUCUCACCAGUCAGCUCUUCCUGUACCUUUUACAGGGUACCCUCAUGAAGAAAGUUUUAACCAAAAACGAGCUGUGGUGAACCCUCCAGUUCAAUAUGCUUACGCGUUGCCGGUUCCCUCGGGCAGUGAAAGCGGCGCAGUGGCUCCGUAUCCCUACGCCUUACCGACUGCAGCAAUGACGUCAAGCUCCUCUGAGAGUUCUACUUCAACCUGCACGAUGGAUCCAGCUAAAGCCAACAUUCAACAAUACCCAUUUCAAUAUUUCUAUCCACAAAUGAUGUCCGCUUACGCGAAUGCGCUAAGCAUCCUAAAAGAUGCUGGUCUAAGCGAUGACACCGCCAGUUCAGUAAUGUCCCAAACGUCGCCAAUGUGGCCACCAUACGGCUACCCCAUGUAUGUGAUGGUUGAUCCUAGUGCGUGGGCUCAAAGCCAAGCUACACCAUCCAGCUCGACAACUUCAACCACCAACAGUGACAACGCUUAAUAAAAUUUUUGCUCAUGUAUUUAUUCAUAUUAUUAUGUAUUAAUUUAUUAUAAUAUAAUAAAAACAAAUAUACGUACUGCGAAAAGGGAUAUGGUUGUGUAUGUUUAUUUUAAAAUGUUUUAUAGG